CUGCUCCUCCUCCUCCUCCUCUCCGGGACCAUGUCUUUCUCCGGACUCGUCUCCUCGGUUCUGGUUCCGGUCUGCUGGGUGCUCGUGUCCGCGGAGGAGCGUCCGUCCAGCACCGCGGGGCCGCGCAUGUCCGCCACGAACUCCAGCCGGCUGAACGGGACGCGGGGGGGGGGUCCGGACGGGUCCAUGGUGGACGGGUCCAUGGUGGACGGGUCCAUGGUGCAGAGGGCCCUCUACGUACUCAUCGCCAUCACCGCCAUAGGGCUGCUCUACUUCCUCAUCCGGGCCGUGCGGCUGAAGCGUCCGGCCAACAAGAAGAAGUACGGCCUGCUGUCCAACUACGACGACUCUGUGGAGAUGGAGGCGGUGGAGAGCGAGGAGGACGACACGCUGUACGAAGCUCGCAGCCUCCGCAGAUGAGUCGGAGUCGUCGUGGACCAAUCAGACGAGUGGUGUGUUUACCGUAAGAUGAUAUUGAUUAUGGACUGAUCAAUGACAGCUGGAGGAAGAGGAGACAUGGACCAAACAGUUAUUGACGAUCAAUGCCAAAGCUGCUCGAGGACCCUGAGCAGGAUAAUCAUUCUUUUUUUAAGGCGGUAUUGGAGUUAGAGAGGAGUUUCUAUGGAUGGUUAUGAUAAUCCCCCUCUGCUUAUUAUCAUUAUUAUUAUUUUUAUUAUUGUUAUUAUUUCAAUGAAUUUCCUUUUUCUUGUUUUUCAUUCUGAGCUCUUUCUGCUCCGCUUUGUGCUUUAACUACUGCAAACUGACUCCAGAGCAGCUGGUGAACCUGCAGAGACUCUGAGUCUGGACUUCUAGGUGUCGGUUCUGUUUGUGCCGUUUUUAAUGACGACGGUCAAACUGUUAAAGGACGAUUCUGGUUUAUUCCCAAUACAUGAAGAUCAAUUAGUUUACAUAUGAUGAUGUCAUCCAGCAAUAGAACCAACCAGCAUCAUCAUCAGUCACAACGAGGAAGGACAUCAGCUCCACAUCUCCUCUUCUGUUAGAAACUCAGUUUAUGUUUCUUUUCAUGUUUCAUUUUCCACAUCGAUGAUGAUGAUGAUGAUGAUGAUCUUCAUCUCGACACUUUGAGUCGGACACAAAGGAAACAGAGUUUAAUCGCUGCAGAGACGCAUCAACCUCCUGUUGGUUGAUUGAUUGAUUGGAUUUGUGUUUCUGAUCAUCUUUGAAUAAAAUCUAAAGGAUAACAUGUUUUUUUCAACUAAACAAAAACAGCUUAAGAAACGUACAAAAUAAUUCUACUCAAAAAACCAGGACAGAUAAAACAAAACAAAAUCUGAAUUCAUUAUUUUCAGCUCACAAACGAGUGUCCGUAAGUUUGUGAAUUUCAGAAUAAAAUGAGAAACAGAACAUUUAGUUUUCAUUAAAUAACGGCGGCUGGUUUUUCUGAAGGUCCCGUUUUAUUUAGUUGUAUUUUAUGAUGGUUUCGUGUAAACGUCGCUCUCCGUCCAGAGAUCUGAGCCUCGUUCAUCUCGUCUCCGUAGAUGAAGACCGUCGGCCAUCAGAGAGAAGAACUCUUUAAAUAACGUCUGUGAGGAGAUGACAUCAGAGACACGCCUCCUCUGUUUAUCCAAUGAUGGAGGUUAAAUCAACCAGAAUGUUUCUUUAAGUUGCUUUUUAAUCCAGCAGUUGAUUAAUAUUAAUAUUACAUAAGAAUCCAGGGAGCUGUUUUUUAUUUGGUGACUCUUUAUUUCACGUUGAAUAAUUUCAUAUUUAGUUUUUGAUAAAGAACUUUUGGUACGUAUCAUAAAAGUGUUUAAAGGAAAUAAACAUGAUUGAAGUAUUUAUUUACUAUCUGACACUGU